AUGAUUGUGGAUUUGGAAGGAGAGGUUGUUUUGGUGGUGGACGUGGUGGAUUUGGAAGACCAGGAGGAAGAGGUCCUGGAUUUGGAGGUGGACGUGGAGGUGGUGGAGGUUUUUGGUGGAGGAGCUGGAGGAGGUCUUGGUGGUGGAGGUGGAGUAGGUGGAGGUGGCGGUUUUGGUGGUGGAGGUGGUGGAGGAGUUGGGGUGGUGCAGGUAAAGGUGGAGGGUUUGGAGCAGGAGGUGGUGUUGGUGGAGGUGCAGGAGGUGGUGUGGUGGUGGAGGACUUGGUGGUGGUGCUGGUGGAGGAGGAGGAGGGGUAGUGGUGGAGGCGGUGGCCUUGGAGGUGGUUCAGGUCAUGGAGGUGGGUUUGGAGCUGGUGGAGGUGUAGGUGGUGGUGCUGGAGGACUUGGUGGAGGUGCUGGAGGAGGAGGUGGUGGCGGUGGAGGAGGUGGCAUUGGUGGUGGCUCUGGGCAUGGAGGAGGGUUUGGAGCAGGAGGUGGAGUAGGGGGUGGCAUUGGAGGAGGAGCAGGUGGAGGUGGAGGCGGUGGCGGCAUUGGAGGUGGUUCUGGCCACGGUGGUGGAUUCGGUGCAGGAGGAGGUGUUGGAGGUGGGGCAGGUGGAGGAUUUGGAGGUGGUGGUGGUGGUGGAGAAGGGGAGGAUCAGGCCAUGGUGGUGGUUUUGGAGCUGGUGGAGGUGUAG